GCCAACAUCCAAUCCGUACUGAUCAGAACUAGCAGUCGUGUUGUCGUUGUCGAAGUGAACACGCGAGGGCGAAAUACAGCGGCUGCCCCCAACGAAUGUUUACCAUACUUAGUGUGCAAUCAUCAGACGGAGUAGCUUCGCUUUAGUUAACUUAAAUAGCGCAUGCUUUAUGCGAAGAAGCUUAAUUGAGAAUAAGUAUAAUAAUCAUUUCAUGCUCACACAACACAACGCGUACUCAGUUGAGUAAUAGGCAAUCGACAAUUGAAAUAAAUGAUUGAAUUAAAAUAUUGAACAACAGUCAGUGAAGUAAGACGUACACGCGCGGAACUAUGCACUAAAUAUAAACUGAAGCACGAAUUGUACAAAAUUACUAUUUUCUAAUCGUUAAUAAAAAAAACCAAAAAUAAAUCAAUUUAUUUAUACUAUAUUAAAAAAAAUACUGGAAAAACUUUGAAAAUAUUAAAUUAAUUAUACACAAGAAAAUUAAAUAAAAAUUAUUAAGAAAAAUGGAAGUAUAUACAUCAGACAGCAGCGACACAGACUCGCGGGAGCAAAAAACACUGGAUUAUGGACGUAUGAACCUCACCGUAAUCACACUGGAAGACGAUUUGCAUGCGAAGAAGGCGCUCAAAACACACAAGGAUUUCGAGACGUUGCUGCUGAAUCAUAACCGACUCACACAACUGCCGCCAGCGCUUACUAAAUUCGUCAAUUUGAAAGUACUGGAUUUGAGCUCCAAUUGUUUGACACAAUUGCCUGAGGCUAUUUGCAAUUUACCGUUAGUCACAUUGAUUGCCAAAAAUAACAACUUGUCCAACAAAUCAUUGCCGAAAUCGUUUGUGAUGCGCAACUCAGCCUUGAAGGAGCUGAAUUUGAGCGGCAAUCAGCUGACGCACUUCCCUGAGCAGGUGCUAGAGCUGCGCCAGUUACGCUACUUCUACGCCGGCGCAAAUAGGAUAACAGCAAUUUCGAAGGAUAUAUGGAAAAUGCAAAGCUUGCAGGUUCUCUCGCUAGGCGGCAAUCAAAUCAGCGAUGUGCCCGACUCCGUGGGCAUGCUCAGCCAACUGCAGGCGCUCGUGCUGUGCGACAAUGUCAUUGAGAAUUUACCAACCAGCAUCGCGCAUUUGAACAGCCUGAAGUCAUUGUUGUUGCACAAAAAUCGCCUAAGACACUUGCCAAAAGAUAUUAUCGCAUUGAAAAAUUUAACAGAGUUGAGCUUGCGCGACAACCCUUUGGUGGUGCGUUUCGUGCAAGAUAUCGCUAUGAAGCCGCCUACACUGAUGGAGUUCGCUGCGCGUGUCGUCAAGUGUACCGGCAUACCCUUCGGUCCGGGCAUUGUGCCGCGCACGGUCAAUGACUAUCUACAGAGCGCCAAUUGUUGUGUAAAUCCCAAAUGCAAGGGUGUAUUCUUCGACAAUCGCGUGGAGCAUAUCAAAUUUGUGGACUUCUGUGGCAAAUAUCGUGUACCGUUACUGCAUUAUUUAUGCUCCUCCAAGUGCAUUGAGCCAGAGCCAGAGCUGCCACAAACGAGCGGUGCUAAUGGUUAUAUGAUGCGUAAGGUGUUGCUCGGCUGAUGGGAGUACUGGGUGCGGUCAACAUUAUUGACGGAUACUAGAAUUACUUGUUGGUUUUUGAUUGGAAUUUGGAGAAAAGUUACCAACAGACCUUUUGGAAAAUUCAUUAUUUGAAUAUUCUGCUAUUUGGUGGUAUUUUUUUUUAUUUUACUUUAUUGCCAUGAGAUAUGCGGUCUGAAUAAGCGAGUCUGUGAAAAAUGUUUGAAUAAUGCUGCGCAUUUUUAUAUAUACACAUACAUACCUACAAAAUAAUAUAAAGAAUUUUUGAAGAAUUUUAUAUUUAUAAAAGAUUUAAUAAAAUUUGCAUUGAUUGCAUAGAACUGAACUAUUAAGACCUAACCUACGAGGGGUCUAUGAAGCCCGCUCGUCAACGAGAAAGAAAUCUUGGGUAAUUAUUUUCUACAAUAAAUAAAAGCAAACGGUAAAUAUUA